AUGUCUGAAGCUGUUGAACAUCAAGUUGACAGCGUUGCUGAAAAUACACCUGUUGACGUUAUGUCUCCAGUUCAAUCUGCUACUCCAUCUGGUCUAUCUACUCCAUCUAACAAAGCUGAUAGAGAUGAUGGCAAAGAAUAUGGUGAAGAUGGUGAAGAAUUCGAAGCUGUUGCUGAAAUUCCAAAGAAACCAGCCUCUGCUUACAUUACUGUUUCCAUUAUGUGUAUUAUGAUCGCCUUUGGUGGUUUCGUUUUCGGUUGGGAUACUGGUACUAUUUCUGGUUUCGUUGCUCAAACUGAUUUCUUAAGAAGAUUUGGUCAAAAGCAUCAUGACGGUUCUCAUUAUUUAUCUAAGGUUAGAAUGGGUUUAGUUGUCUCUAUUUUCAAUAUCGGUUGUGCCAUUGGUGGUAUUAUUUUGUCUAAAGCUGGUGAUAUGUAUGGUCGUAAAAUGGGUUUGAUUAUCGUUGUUGUUAUUUACGUUGUUGGUAUCAUCAUUCAAAUUGCUUCCGUUAAGGCUUGGUACCAAUAUUUCAUCGGUAGAAUUAUUUCCGGUAUGGGUGUUGGUGGUAUUGCUGUCUUAUCCCCAAUGUUGAUUUCUGAAGUCUCUCCAAAACAUUUAAGAGGUACUUUGGUUUCCUGUUACCAAUUGAUGAUUACCUUAGGUAUUUUCUUAGGUUACUGUACUAAUUACGGUACAAAGAACUAUUCUAACUCUGUUCAAUGGAGAGUUCCAUUAGGUUUAUGUUUCGCUUGGGCUAUCUUCAUGAUUGGUGGUAUGACCAAGGUUCCAGAAUCUCCAAGAUACCUAAUUGAAAAGGGUUUAGUCGAAGAAGCUAAACGUUCUAUCGCUUUAUCUAACAAGGUUGGUGUUGAUGACCCAGCUGUUAUGACUGAAGUUGAAAACUUACAAAGUGGUGUCGAAGCUGAAAGAUUAGCUGGUAAUGCUUCUUGGGGUGAAUUAUUCUCUACUAACACCAAAAUUUUCCAACGUUUAAUUAUGGGUUGUAUGCUUCAAUCUUUACAACAAUUGACUGGUGAUAACUAUUUCUUCUACUACGGUACUACUGUUUUCAAGGCUGUUGGUAUGGAAGAUUCCUUUGAAACUUCUAUUGUUUUAGGUAUUGUCAAUUUCGCUUCUACUUUCGUUGGUAUUUUCUUAGUCGAAAGAUACGGUCGUCGUACUUGUUUAUUAUGGGGUGCUGCUACCAUGACUGCUUGUAUGGUUGUCUUCGCUUCUGUUGGUGUCACUAGAUUAUGGCCAAACGGUAAAGACAACGGUUCUUCCAAGGGUGCUGGUAACUGUAUGAUUUGUUUCACUUGUUUCUAUUUAUUCUGUUUCGCUACUACAUGGGCUCCAAUUCCUUUCGUUGUUAACUCUGAAACUUUCCCAUUGAGAGUCAAGUCUAAGUGUAUGUCUGUUGCUCAAGCUUGUAACUGGUUGUGGGGUUUCUUGAUUGGUUUCUUCACUCCAUUUAUUAGUGGUGCUAUUGAUUUCUACUACGGUUACGUUUUCAUGGGUUGUCUAUGUUUCUCAUACUUCUACGUCUUCUUAUUCAUUCCAGAAACCAAGGGUUUAAGUUUGGAAGAAGUCAAUACCAUGUGGGAAGAAGGUGUCUUACCAUGGAAGUCUGCUGAAUGGGUCCCACCUUCUAGAAGAGGUGCUGAGUACAAUGCCGAAGACAUGGCCAAGGAUGACAAACCAUUAUUUAAGAGAAUGUUUGGUAGAAAGUAA